AUGUGGCCGCGGCAAGAAGCAGGUGUGUGCGCGGGUGGAACGGUACAGUUGAGCCGGCCUGACAUCCUCCUUGUCUCAUCAAUUCCCCUCUCCAUCCCGCUCUCCAUCCCCCUCCUUAUCCCCCACUCCAUCUCCAACCCCGCUCCUCCCCCUUCUCCCAUUCAGAUGCUCAAGGUGGGCACGUGGAUGGGAGCAGCAGCCUGCACGGCCCUUCUCUUCAUGCUCUCCCCGUCCCUCUGGCUGCUCGCGGGGCUCCUCGUCAUCAUCGCCAGCAUCGGAAACGGCCUCGCCACAAUGCUCAAGGUGGGCACGUGGAUGGGAGCAGCAGCCUGCACAGCCCUCCUCUUCAUGCUCACCCCGUCCCUCUGGCUGCUCGCCGGUCUCCUCGUCAUCGUCGCCAGCAUCGGCUACGGCCUCGCCACCGUCAGCUACAACGGCUACCUGCCCCUCCUCGUGCACGCCUCGCCCGAAGUACUCUCCGCAGAGGCCACGGCCGACCCGGAAGCAGUCGCAACCGCGCGGGAAGACGUGGAGAAUUGGUACUCGCUCAUCGGGCUAGCGGCGGGGUGUCUGGGUGAUAUACCGGUCACGCUCGUCGCGUUUGCGCUCACGCUGGUUUCCUCGGACGAGUCGGUUCAGAUGCGCGUUGCCACCGCGUUUUGCGGCCUCUGCUGGAUCCUCUUCGCGCUCCCCACUUUUCACUACCUCCGUGCCCGACCGGGACCCCCGCUCCCGCUUCCCCCUCCCCUCUCUGCGGGGAAUCAUGAGGCAGAGGGGGCAGGGGAAGGCAGGGAUGGGGGCUGCUGCUCCGGCUGUAGCGGCGCUGGCUGCUACAGCUCGGGCGAGGCCUGCCAGGGUUGUCGCUACAGCUGCGGGUCUUGCUACAGCCGGGUGCGGUUCUUUUUCAGCAUUGUGGGGGCGAGCUGGAAAGGCAUGGGGGACACAUUGGCCGACGCGUACCGGCACCACCGCAACGCUCUCGUCUUCAUCGCAUGCUACUUUGUGUAUGCUGACGGCUUCUCCACUAUCAUCCAAGUGGGGGUAAUCUUCGGGCAGCAGGAUCUCUGCGUGCCGCCCGCAACGCUCGCCAUCCUCGCCACCUCAGUUUCCUUCUGGGCGGCAGCCGGCAUGCCGGUUCUCUACCUCAUACAGAGACGAACCAAGUGGAGCAACAAGACAAUGGCGAUGAUUGCUCUGGGCGGCAUGCUACCCCUGCCGAUCUGGGGCCUCAUCGGCUACUUCACAGAUAGCUUCGGGUUGAAGCACACGUGGGAGUUAUUCGCUUACGUGGGGUGGUUCGGCCUGUGUCUCGGCCCGCUGCUGUCGUACUCGCGUACGCUGUAUGUGGACCUGAUGCCGUCGGGCAAGGAGGGGGCGUUCUUUGCCAUCUACACCAUCAGUGACAAUGGCAGCUCGUCCUUCGGCCCGUUCGUCGUCGCCAUCAUCGCUCAGGUUUCUGGCACGAUUCGGCCCACCUUUGUGUACAUAUUCCUGGUCAUGUUCAUACCCCUUAUAGUCGUCAUCUUUUGCCUCGACCACAAGCAAGGCAUAGAAGAUGCCGGCCGCAACAAGCUCACAACAACAGUGAAGACAUUGGAGGACGGCGAGGAGGCUCCUGCAGCAUGUGGGGAGGGAGGAUCGGAGCUUCACUCUGCUGGUGCUCAAUCCAGUCACAGUGGCAGUAGAAGAGAUGAUGCAGGGUAG